AUGGUGAGGUUAGUUCUGUGCCGAACUACGAUAGUUCGUCUGUCUCACCACAGCCUNNNNCUCGAUGCGGCUCCUCAUCGGAAACUAACCUGGGCCUGCGUACUCGCCCCCACUCGAGAGCUCUGCGUGCAGACUGGCCAGCAGUUCGAAGGUCUUGGUGCCAGCAUUAACCUCACUACUGCCACCAUCGUUGGUGGUCUCGACAUGGUCACACAGGCUAUGUCCCUCUCUAAGAAGCCUCAUAUUAUAGUGGCAUCACCUGGUCGCCUAGUUGACCAUCUAGAGAACACCAAGGGCUUCCACUUGAAAACUAUCAAGUUCUUGGUCAUGGACGAAGCUGAUAGGCUCCUGGGUAUGGACUUCGAGGACGCCCUCAAUAAGAUCGUCCAGUCGUGUCCUCGAGAUCGACAAACCUUCCUCUUUUCCGCGACUAUGACCAAUAAAGUUUCACAACUACAACGGGCGUCUCUUACCAGGCCUGUCAAGUGCGAAGUUGCACGGAAGUUCGACGUGGCCAAAGGUUUGGUUCAAAACUACAUGUUCGUGCCCCACAAGCAUAAGCAUGCCUAUUUGGCGGCCCUCCUAGCUCACUUCAAACUCAGUACUGUGAUGAUCUUCGUUGACACCUGUCUUAAUGCCCAGCGGAUGGCCACUACUCUGAGGCACCUCGGCCACAACUGUGUAUGCCUACAUGGCAAGAUGACGCAGACUCAUCGCCUUGGAGCCCUCAACCAGUUCCGGGCUGGCACGCGAUCGAUCCUCGUAGCAACAGAUGUAGCAGCGAGAGGCUUGGACAUUCCUAGUGUAGAUGUCGUCAUCAACUUCGACGUGCCCAAGAACCCUGAGGAGUAUAUCCACCGAGUGGGGCGUACUGCACGGGCUGGUCGGACUGGCCGCUCGGUGACCUUGGUCACUCAGUAUGAUAUUGAGCCCUUCCAGAGGAUCGAGAAUAAACAAGGCAAGAAGAUGGAGGAGUUCCCUGAGGUCAAUGAGGAAGCGCCAUGUCGCUACAAGAGAAGNNNNCUUUGCGUAUAUCAAUACCCAUGGGAGGCACACCAUCACAGUGAAAUCUCGUCCAGAUUUCGGUCUCGUCCGAGGCUGUAA